CACUUGCAUCCGAGCCUCAUUCCGGACAGGACACUGCUGCUCCUCCUCCUCCUCUUCUUUGAUGCUGCAGUGAAGUGAGAAACGCAGACGAGUCAAUUUAGGAUGAAAAUGAGAACAUAGCUCCUCUUGUUUCUCUUUUGCAUUUUUUCGGACAAGACGCGCAAACAGGAUGACUGCCUUUCCCGUGCUUGUGAUCCUGUACGCCUUGGUGGCGCCGGCGGCGUCCAAGAGCGAGCGUGCGGUGCAGCUGCCCUGCGACUCGGGCCAGUACACAAAGGACGGCGAGUGCUGCCGCGAGUGUCCACCCGGCGAGGGCGUGGUCAGGCCGUGUGGCGCUAAGCAGACCGUCUGCGCGCAGUGUCUCGACAGCGAGACCUUCUCCGAGAACUACAGCCACACAGAGGAGUGCCGCGUGUGCACCCAGUGCACGGGCCUGAUGCGCAUGGAGACGCCGUGCACCGACUCCAACGACGCCACCUGCGUGUGCCGCUACAACUUCUACUUUGACGAGCUGUCGGGACGCUGCGAGCCAUGCACGGUGUGCCCAGCAGGCGAGGGCGUUUUCGCCCACUGCGAGCAUGACCACGACACGGUGUGCGAAGAGUGCGUGGACUUUACCUUCUCGGACCGUGACAGCUCCCUGGACCCCUGCCUGCCCUGCACCAUCUGCGACGACGAGACCGAGAUCCAGUUGGCGCACUGCACGCCUGUCAGCGACUCGGUCUGCCACAAUCCCCUGCUGCCCACCUACUUCCCAUCCGUCUCCACCGAAACUGACCCGACGUCGCCCGCCUACACCAACUUCUUCAUGCCCGAUGGUUCCGAGGGUCCGGGGCCGGGCGGCGAGACCACGACGCCCGGCGCCGGCUCGCCGCGCUUCCUCGGCCACGGCUUCAACGAAAACCUCAUCCCCAUCUACUGCUCCAUCUUGGCCGCCGUGGUGGUGGGCCUGGUGGCGUACAUCGCCUUUAAGAGGUGGAACAGCUGCAAGCAGAACAAACAGGCGGCUAACAAUCGCGCGGCGGCAGCGGCCGCGGAAGCGACGGCAGAGACAAGCAACCAGAUGGUGACGCCAGAGGGAGAGAAGCUGCACAGUGACAGUGGAAUCUCUGUGGACAGCCAGAGUCUCCAGGAACAGCAUCAGCAGCAACAGGCGCAGGCCAACGUACAGCCUCAGCCAGCGCGGUCUCGCACACAGGAACACAUAGUGGUGAGGGUGGACGGUGGUCCCGAGACCAUCACGCCUCCACCCGAAGUCUGAAGCGGAAGAAAAGGAAGGCCACGUAAAAGAGUGCUCCUUCUUUCAAGAAAGCAACGGGGGUGGGGGGCACAUGAACUUGGAAUUGCCCCCGCCCCCCCAAGACUGGCCAUAGACGGACCUCUUCUAGACUCUUCAUCCCUGCAUGCGGAGUCUUAUAGAACCACGUGCCUGGACUCUUAGCGUAUCGACUUAUUCAGAUAAAAGUGCAUUUUAGCAAAUACUCCACAAGCUAAUUUUUCAGACUAAUGUCAUUUUUUUUCCUGAUCGCUCCACGAGGAUUUGGCCUUGAAACCCACCGGUGCCUGGAAGGUCCGACUCAUGCAUCUUCCUUCUGAUUCUCUGACUCGUUUCACGUCAGAUUUGCUUUUUAUUUUUACGAACAUCCUGCUGUCGGGGUAACGGAGGCGAUUCUCUUUCAAGGGUUCCAGAUUUAUUUUUCAGUAAUGAUGGCUCAGCAGGGGUCUGUUUUUGCCUUCUCGACACAAUGGCGAGCGACGCCUUCAAGAUGCGCCAUGACGUAAGCAGCGAGCCACAAUGCAGCGUCUUGCUUUUAAUGAAGUGGGCUCAUGAGAGGUGAACUUGAUACUUUCAAGGACUCUCUUUCACUUCGAUCAUUAACAUUUUUAAAAUUGCGCACAGGUACAAGUUACAGGUACUGUAUGUGCAGCCAGUUUAAUUUAGAAACAUUAAAUCUGGUAGGCAAAAAAAAAAAAAAAAAAAACUCAAGGAGUCAUGCCUGAAAAGAAACAGUCUCUCAUUUUGGUUUGAGGAGACCGCUUUAAGAUGAUUCUGGCUAGUGAACUCAUCUUAGACAAGCGGGACAAUGUUGAAGCAGCAACGUUUUUGACUCACAGUAAAAUAUAGAACUUUAAUUACGUCAGUUGUCAAUUCAGAAUUCUGAAUCCGGUUUUACCCAGCAACAUUAAAUUUGGUAGACCCGUCUCUUAUAAAUAGCUACGUAAAGGUCUCAAGAAAGCAAGCCUGAAAAGACACAGGAAGUCUGCCAUUUUGGCUUAUGGCGGCCAUUUUGGGGUCAUUUUGGUAAUAUGGCCAAACUCACCAUGAAGGUACCACUCAUUUCAUUUGAACUUGUUUAUGAUUCGAUUUAAAUCCCAACGGUUGAUGAGAAAGACUUCAAACAUUUUACCUUCCAACCAUAUCAUUUCAUCUAACAAAAGCCUACUAGUUUAAUGUAAGCAAAGAUGUUAAUUAAAAACCUUUAAACAGCCUUUACUUCAACAUAGAGCAGCAACACACAAUGCCCUGUGGGAACGACGACUAUUACUGGAGCUCAGUUGAGUGGCUUCUCCGUCUCUUGUUCUUGCUCUUAAUAACUCUGCCCGGCGUGUCGCGGCACGAAAAGUGGUCCUACGCUGAAGGCAGAACCAACCUACCCAGCACUGCUGGUGAGAUUGAGCUCCGAAAAGUGAGCUAAGGCAGAAGUUAGUCAUCAAAUGGCUCACGUGGCCGCCAACAUCGCCAUACAAUUAACCUUUUGCUCCUUUAUUUCUUCCCUUGGCUUGAGAUUCAUGCAUGGCUGUGGUCAAGUUGGAGGCUGACAAGCAGCGGCCACGUGCGCGCACACACACACGCACACGGCGAGGAUAUGAAUCACACUUCUGUCGAGAUGCAGCGUGGGCGUGAUUCAUCCUCAUCUUUGUGGCAUUCAAGCAGAAAGCUGUUAGUAUUGAGUGGAGAGCCCAUCUUCCAAAAAAUAUACUGCCAGUGAAAGCUUUAAAAUAAACUUUAAUCUCUCUGUGACUGUUUCUGGAGUACAAAUGUAAAGCCUAAUAGAAAUGGCCGCCCAAAGCUCUGUAGAAAGCAGUACUGAAUAUUAUAUGUAAUCCUGCUAACAAAGAGACAACAAAAAUGCCACCAAAAAAUGCACAUGCUACCCCAAAAAAAUUAUUUCAAUAGGCGAUAAAAAAUUUGAUAAGCAAGAAAAUGUCCGCCAAAACUCCAUCACAGUAAAUCGCUAACAAGUGACAUUUUACAGCGCAUACAAAAUGAUUGUUUUGCCACUGAUGUUUUCCAUGUCUUUGUGUUACACAUUUUUUUUUGUUCAAUUCUUUUUGAAGCACUUAUUAGACUGUCACACUCACAGAGUCGCACCACAGUGCCUGCGAGUUUUAUUUUUUAUUUUUAUAGUUUUGUUUUCCCCUCUAUUCUCCUGAAUGUGCAUUUUGUUUACAUGGCUGGGAGUAAAUGCGUCAUGUGACUCUUCACUGUGACAGUCUCCCAUAGUACAGUAUUAUAAAUAUGAUAAUGACCACAAAGGGAUAUUUGUCACUGUACUGACACACUAAUAAUGUAAAAUGCUUUGUGUAAAUGUGAAUUUCUUAGAGUUGAUAUAAAAUACAAAAAAAAUAAGUGUACAAAGUGUGCUCAUGAAAUGAUCUAGAAUUAAAAAAAAAACACAAAACAUGAGGUUAUUGCAUAA